AUGCGUGUGUUUCCAUUGACGACGGCCCUCGGGUCGAUCUUUAUUUCUGCGGCAGCUCUUACUCCCGAAGAGCUUAUCGCGGCUCCGAGACGGGGUGAGGCUAUUCCCAAUCCAUCCGGGGAAGUCGCUCUUUUUUCGACCUCUGAAUACUCUUUCGAGACCCAUGUUACAUCAUCAUGGUGGAGCCUGCUAGAUUUGGAGACUGGAAAAGUGACUCAACUCACUAACGACAGCAAUGUCUCUGAAUUGACUUGGCUAGGGUCUACUGAUUCUGGUCUGUUGUAUAUCAACGGCACUAAUGCCGAGACUCCUGGAGGUACCGAGAUUUGGGUGUCAGACACCUCGGAUUUCACCACCUCUGCGUACAAGGCAGCCUCACUGCCAGCCCGGCUUUCUGGACUCAAGACGGCCACCACCACGUCUGGAGACAUUAACUUCUUGGUGUAUGGGGAGUCCUGGCCCAAUGGAACGGCGUACAAUGAGGAGCUCGCUGCGAAGCCGCUAAGCUCGGCACGUAUCUACGACAGUAUUUACGUCCGCCACUGGGAUAAAUGGAUCACGACGAGAUUCAAUGCCAUCUAUUCGGGGACUCUGAAGAAGAAGAGAGCCGGACAUGGAGCGACAUCCAGCUACACUUCUAGUGGGUCUCUCAGGAACCUUGUCGCAGGAGUCAAGAACCUUGAGUCACCCUAUCCGCCAUUCGGUGAUUCGUCUGAUUAUGACAUUUCUUCCGACGGAAAGUUGGUUGCAUUUAAGAGCAAGGCCCCUGAACUGCCACGUGCAAACAACACUGCUUCGUAUAUUUUUCUUGUGCCUCAUGAUGGAUCUAGAAAGGCUGUAGCUAUCAAUGGUCCGGACAGUCCUGGAACUCCAAAAGGCAUCAAGGGUGAUUCGAGCAGUCCUGUCUUCUCCCCAGAUGGCCGUCACCUUGCAUAUCUCCAAAUGGAAGAUAUCUCCUAUGAGUCGGACCGUCGCACUGUCUACGUUUACACCAUUGGCUCCACUGACACUAUUCGCACAUUGGCCAAGAACUGGGACCGUUCACCUGGGGCGAUCAAGUGGACGGCUGAUGGGAAGAACCUGGUCCUGAACACAGAAGAUUCUGCACGCUCUCGACUCUUCUUACUACCCGCUGAUGCUGGUAAAGAUUUCAAACCUAAGAAUUUUACCGACAGUGGCGCGGUGGCUGCUUACUACGGCCUGCCUGACGGAGACUACUUGGUUUCUGGUUCCGCUAUCUAUACUAGUCGCACAAUUUACACCGCGAAGCCUGGCAAGGGUGUCACAGGUGUGAUCUUCUCUGCCAACGAACUUGACCCCGCCUUGAAGAGCCUUGGUCCAUCGGAUAUUGAUGAGUUCUACUAUAAGGGCAACUGGACAGAUAUAUAUUCCUGGAUCGUCUACCCCUCGAACUUUAACAAGUCAAAGUCAUACCCGCUUUUGUUCUAUAUUCACGGUGGCCCUCAAGGUUCCUGGGCUGACUCCUGGAGCACUCGGUGGAACUACAAGGUCUUCGCCGACCAAGGAUAUGUGGUUGUUGCACCCAAUCCAACUGGUAGCACUGGGUUUGGUGAUGAGCUCACGGAUGUGAUCGCCAACAAUUGGGGAAGCUUCCCCUACGAUGACUUGGUCAAAGGUUGGGAGUAUGUCCGAGAUAACUUGAAUUUUAUCGAUACCGAUCGCGGCGUGGCAGCUGGCGCCAGCUACGGAGGCUUCAUGAUCAACUGGAUCCAGGGUAAUCCUCUAGGCCGCGAGUUCAAGGCGCUGGUCAGCCAUGAUGGCACAUUUGUGGCCGAUGCCAAGUUCAACGGCACGUUCUGGGACAAUCGUGACAACUAUCGUCGAUGGGAUCCAUCGGCUCCAGAGCACAUUAAACAGUUUGCUACCCCACAACUCAUCGUUCACAGUGAUUUGGAUUAUCGUCUUCCCAUCUCCGAGGGUCUGGCGCUUUUCAAUGUCUUGCAAGAGCGAGGUAUUCCAAGCAGGCUACUCAGUUUUCCCGAUGAAAACCAUUGGGUCAUCAACAAGGAAAACAGCCUUGUCUGGCACCAACAGGUUUUGGGAUGGCUGAACAAGUACGCUGGUAUUGAUACCCCAGGAUCAUCAACGACCGCCAUGCCUCCCAAACCUUCCUCCCGUAAGGGCGCCAAGAAGGAGAUCAAAACUGAGACGUCUUCUCCCACUCCCGCUUCCGUCGCCAGUGGUGAGAAUGAGAGUGAGUACAGGUUCAACUUGACUCCUGUCCCAGACCCAGCCUCAGCCCAAUUCCCAUGUACCGAGGAUGAUCUUACCUUGUGCCACGCACCCACUGCUGAUUCCACUGGCUGCCCUAUCUUCGUUUCCAGAAAUGGACGCUGGGACUGGUAUUAUCUUGCCUCUAACAACAACACUACAGAGACUUCUGCUACCCCUGCCAAUCAAACGACCAACGGAAAUAGCAAGAACACAAAGAAGUCUUCACCUCCCAAGAUCAAGAUGGAGGACAUCCCCGAGGCCAAUCCAAGGGUUCAGCGACCGAGAAACCCUCUCUCCACCACAUUCCCCACCGACCUGGACCGCUUCGUUUUACCAUCCUGCACUUCCGAUAGCGACGAUGAUGUCUCGCUGGUUGAAAACACAGCCGAGCAAGCCAGGACCGCCAAGCAUGUGAGGUUCUUUAUGAACACUACCCAUGACAAGCACUUCGUCCCGAUUGAAGUUCCCCCUCUUACUGGAAACGAGAACUGGGACUCCUGGUUGGCCGCCAUGGGCCUGCUCUUCCGCCAGCACUCGGUGUGGCAUAUUGUAACUGCAGAGCUUCAGCCACUGUCCCCUGGCCACAAUCUGUACAUGUGGUACCGGCGCAUGUGCGAGUGUGCAGUCGCCCUUAUCUACGCCAAUGUCUCUGAAGAGGUCCGCAAGACGCCUUGUUUCGUGAGCACCGUGUGCGAAGAUAAUGCUGAUAACCUGAUCACUCAUCUCUACGCUCACUACGCCGAGCCUGAUUCUGCUCACCCUCACGAGGAGUCCGAGCUUGAUUAG